GCUCCGGGCGCUGAUCCCCGGCGCCGCCAUGCUGCAGGGACACAGAGGCUGCGGCUCCGCCUGACACCGCCCCCAGCUCCCCGGCGGCGGCUUCCGACGCAGCCCGGCUGGAUGGAGGCUCCAGGUGGGGCGGGGACCCCAGAACGGGUGAGAGAAGCCCAAACGCUGGAGCGAGCUGCAGGCAUCCUGGCACAUGGGCCGGUGGAGGAGCCUCCCAGCCCCCCUGCCGCGGAGCAAGGAGGGAUCCCCAUCCCCAGCUCGGGCCUGCUGCAGGUCGCUGAACGGAGACAGCCUCUGAGCAGUGUGUCCUCCCUGGAGGUGCACUUCGACGCGCUGGAUCUGAUUGAGCUGCCGGAAGUGUGGGACCAGGAGCACGCCGAGGUCUUCGCUGACUCCGACGACGAGAACGUAGCCAGCGAGUCCCCUGCCGGUCUGCACCCGCACCCCAUUCCUCGGGCAGGGGACCUGCCAUCCCCCUCCUGGACAACGACCAAAGGCGAGCAGGGGCGGGAGAAGAAACACCUCAGUGACUCCGAGCUGCAGUUCCUGGCGGGGGAGAGGCCUCAGGAGGAAUAGGGGGCUGGGAGCCAUGGUGCCCCUCACCCCCCAUUCCAGACAGUUUGUGACUUAACAGACCCCUGCACCUAGAGAGACAUGCAACUGCUGCUGGCUCCACGUAACACAACGCUCCCCCCUUAGUGCAGCCACAGGAUGUGGAGCAGCUGUGCGAGGGCACUGGCCAUGCUGGACCAGGAACUCCAGGAGGGAGAGCGAUCAUCAUCAUACCGUUUUAGCACUUUUGUAACCCUUUCCUGCUCAUUCUGCACAAAACCUGGCCAGGCCAGCAGGAGGGAGAGCCGUGAAGGGAGUGUACAGAGCAGGGCCUAGGGCUAGGAGGGAGCCUGGCUGCACAGAAGGGAAAAGCAGGUUUGGAGAGAAUCGUGUCUUUCUGGAGAACAAUGCUCCUGCUGCAGGCAGAGUUCAGAUGGGGGCGGGGGGGGGGAAGCUCCCUCUCUUCCCCCAGGGCAAGGGGAGGCAAUGUCCAAGGAACCUGAGAGCAAACAGCCAUGCUGGUUCUUCCCCCAUGAAGUGCUGCAGCUCAGAGCAGAACCCAGCUGCCUGGGAGCUGCCGGCCAAGGCAGGAUCUAGCCACCACCUUCUAGAAGCACAUUCCCUUCCCCAUGGCCUUACGCCUGUACGGGCUUUAGCUCUGGUGUAAGAGCAGCACAGCUGGAGAUGCCAACCCGGGAACAGCAGCCUGUGCUCAUGCUCCAUCAUGCGCCUGCACCAGGAACUCUGCAGUGGGACUGGCACGCGUUAACUCACGGGGCUGCAAGGAAUCCGUGGGUCUGAAUUAUGACGACUGCUCUGCCAUUGUUACAAGGAACCCCAGUUCCAUCUCUGGAAGCAGCGUGGGCCACUGCCCGGUCCCUGGGGAGCACCAUGGGGCCAGGGGCAGUUGGACAGACGUCUUUCAGCGUAGAACCGGACCAGGCUGAAGCAAGCUGGACCAUGAGCCCGAGCGUACAGAUCCUGCUGGAGGGGGCCCUGGGGCGAGGCAGGAGGAGCUGUGUUCACCUGAUCCUUUCACCACUGACACAAGCCGCUUUGUGCUAAAGAGCGGAACGGAUUUGAGGUGGCCUGGGAGGAGGACGGGACCAGCGCUGCGCCCAGAAAACAAACACGGCUAAGCUGGACGUCCUGGCCUGGCCCCUUCAAACCUCAGCCUCCACUGAAUUGUUGCCACUCCCCUAGCCGCUGCUGUCCAACUGGAGUCUGACGUGUUACCGAACUUUUCCUACCUCCUCCCGGGGGUGGCUUUAGCCUGUUGAAUGCCCCUGGGCCCGAUCUCGCUAAGCCCCGCCCUUCUGCAGGGGGAGCCGGACGAUGCUCAAAUGUCUUUGCAGGCUCCCCCCACAACUGCUGCUGUCCACCUAGUCUUCAUCUUCUCCCUUGUUCAGAGCACCAAAUAAUGCCAAGGCUGCCUCAGGAUCCGUGGCAACUUUCUUACAAGACAGCUACAAAGGAGGGAUGGGAAGGUCUUCCCCUCCUUCCAACCUCCCUUGGUUAAACUGGGGAAUCCUCAUUUUCCGCUGUUAUGGAGCAGAAACUCUCUGGCCGAACCAAUCUCUUGCCUCACUGUAGCAUCGUGUUGGGUGCCUGGCUGCCUUCGGUCCCUGUGGUUCUGGGUGCGCAGUAGUGUCCUGGCCGGGGCUGUGUUGUCCUUCCUUUUCUGAGAAGCAGCACUGCCAGCUCUGUUUAAGACCCCUGGGUCCCUUGAACCUUGCAGGCAGCAGUUAGCGGCCAGCUGGCAAGGUAGCCUGGCUCGGAGGCCAUGUUCACAAGACGGGAAACAAGACAAUGCAGAAGUGGCCAGCACAACCCGUCAUGCCCAGCUCUCCGUAAAGCUCACCUUUAGUGCCCAACAGCAGCACUGUGAAGUGAGAAUAGGAACAGGCUGGAGGGACCAGUUUGUCAAGGGAUUGGAAAUAAUUAGGGCCCUACCAACCUCAUGGGCCAUUUUGGUCAAUUUCACAGUCAGGAUUUUAAAAAUAAUCAGUUUCAUGAUUUCAGCUAUUUAAAUCUGAAAUGUCAGUGUUGUAAUUGCAGGACCCAUAAAGGAGUUGCAGAUGGGCUGCAAGGUUACUGUGUGUGUGUGGGGGGGGGGUUGGUACUGCCACCCUUACUUCUGCACUGCUGGUGGAGCACUGCCCUCAC